AUGACUCGAUCCAUUUCUGUAUCGAUCAUGAUAUAUGUAAUAACUCGGGCAUCUAUUUCAAAUGCAUAUCCCAUUUUUGCGCAGCAGGGUUAUGAAAACCCGCGAGAAGCAACGGGACGAAUUGUAUGUGCCAAUUGCCAUUUAGCUAAUAAACCCGUGGAUAUUGAAGUUCCGCAAGCUGUGCUUCCUGAUACUGUAUUUGAAGCAGUUGUUCGAAUCCCUUAUGAUAAGCAACUGAAACAAGUUCUUGCUAAUGGUAAAAAGGGGACUUUGAAUGUGGGGGCUGUUCUCAUUUUACCCGACGGAUUCGAAUUAGCCCCCCUUGAUCGUAUUUCUCCUGAGUUGAAAGAAAAGAUAGGAAAUCUGUCUUUUCAGAGUUAUCGUCCCAACAAAAGAAAUAUUAUUGUGAUAGGUCCUGUUCCCGGUCAGAAAUAUAGUGAAAUCGUCUUUCCCAUUCUUUCCCCCGACCCUGCUACGAAGAAAGACGUUCACUUCUUAAAAUAUCCCAUAUACGUAGGUGGGAACAGAGGAAGGGGUCAGAUUUAUCCUGAUGGUAGCAAAAGUAACAAUACAGUCUAUAAUGCUACAUCAGCAGGUAUAGUAAGCAGAAUAGUACGUAAAGAAAAAGGGGGAUAUGAAAUAACCAUAGUUGAUGCAUCGGAUGGACAUCAAGUGGUUGAUAUUAUACCUCCAGGACCAGAACUUCUUGUUUCAGAGGGUGAAUCCAUCAAGCUUGAUCAACCAUUAACAAGCAAUCCCAAUGUGGGAGGCUUUGGUCAGGGAGAUGCAGAAAUAGUGCUUCAAGACCCAUUACGGGUCCAAGGAUUAUUCGUAACCGCAUAUUUACAAUAUAGACGUGGUGAUCAGUUGGACCUUUGA